GACAGAGCGUAACGGUAGACCUACAAUCGGUUGAUGCUUCGCGAGAUGAGCGGGCGUAGACGUGACUGCUCUUUUUAGGGUUACGUUAGGGCUUGGAAGAAAACCCCUAAACCAAUUUGGUUGUUAUCAGUCACGUGCAGGAGGAUUGUUUGCCAGCCUCACAGCACCGCUAUUCUCCCAGCCUCGCUCGCCACGGUUGUCUGAUCGUGAGCUCAGAUAUCCUACUCCACGUUAAAGAUGAAUGCUGUCGAGGUUUACGUUUCGUCCAUUCCUGGUCUGCCAGAUUUGCAGUUUGUCCCGGUUUUGGGGAGCACUUCCGUCAAGUCGCUGCUCGAGCAAAUCACUGCGCAUCUGCCGCAGUCCGUGGCGAGUAACUCUUACAUAUCGUAUGCGUCCGGUCGGCCUUUGAAGUCAGACGAUGCGCGGACACUAUCCCAGAUUGCAAGUCUUUCUAGCAGUCUGCUGCCUUAUGUAUCACUGCGAAUCAAUGCAAGGCUGAAUGGAGGAAAAGGAGGAUUUGGAUCUCAGCUUCGUGCUCAGGGUGGAAAGAUGGCCGCCAAGCGGAGAAGAAUUAAGGACGAUGAGGCUAGUAAAGACAGAUUCAGAAAUCUUGACGGUAGACGAAUGAAAAGCGUGCGCCAAGCUAAAGAUCUCGCACUCUAUUUGGAAACCGCUCCUGCUCGUAUCAAGGAAGCUGCUAAGCAGAAGAAAGAACGAUUGCUGGCUUUGGCGAAUGCAGAGCCAAGUACGGUCCGUUACGAUGAUACACAAUUUCUAGAUGAGAGCGAGGAGCUUCUCGACGAUCUGAAGCGGAUAGUAGGCGAAUCGUUUCAUUUCAGCAGGGACGAUAGCGAUAGUGAAGGUGAUGACGACUCAGAAAUGGACGAGGAGGAAUAUGAGGAGGAAGAAGAAGGGGCAGAGCAGGCUGUUGAUGAAGGAAAAGACACCCGAGACGGGACCGCCGAACGGAGUGAUAGCGACGAGCGAAGCUCGAAUGAGCUGGAGCGGAUAUCUACAUCGGGAUCAUCUCGGUCAAGAAUCCCUAAGAUGACGGCAUUCUUUGAAGACGAUGAAGGGAGUGAAGACGACAGUGAGGACGAUUAAGUUGUCUACGCAAGAAAUCGUUGUUUUGAUUAUGAGCAGAAGAAAUAUCUGACUGUGAUAUCAAACUCGGGAUAAGGCAUAUUGAUAUGCUAUAGUUUAGAUUUGCUAUAGCUAGACAAUCUCUCGCGAGUUGAAAUCUCGCCAGCUACACCGCACAGAAAAGUCAGACGCGGCUUGGUCAUAUGUGUCAAGAUGUCUACUAUCUCAGCACUCCUGGCUUCUGGGUACGGAGGUCUACAGAUUGCUCACAGAUUACUCGAUUAUGUAUCAGCACGGGUGAUGCUGACUUCCAAUAUUCUAUCCAAUAUAAAUGCUA